UUACAACUUGCAGAAAGUACUGUUACGCCGAAAUAGAUCGGAAUUCGGAGUACAAAGAAAAUACCUGAAGGCUUGUGAGGGGCUAAUAACAAUGGCGAUUUCGACGUUCCCGAACCGCCGGCGCCGGCGGAAGAAGCAGCUUCAGUAGUAUUAUUACUAUUAUUAUUAUUUUGUACGUGUCGAUAUUGCGCCGACAUAUUUAUUCCGUUUCGUUUUCUUUUCCUUUUUCUUUUGUUUGCUUUACAGACUUUCCCGGCGGCGGCGAGCUACCGGCCUGCCGGUGAGGCUUUGACUUCGAGAAAGAGAACCUUUGUGGGGAAUUUUCAGUUGGAAUGUUUGUUUAAUAUCGUCAAUGAUCAACCCUAAGAAUUGAUGACGUUGGUGGUCAACGCGAUAACAAGGACGAGUUCGGGUAAGGAAGAGGCCCGUUGCUUGACGUUUCCGAGCAGGCCCAUGAAAGCCCUUGGCCUUUGGUUAAAUGGGCCUAGACCGGUUGAAUUUUAACCCCGGCCUGCUGAGUGGUAGCGACCCGAAUUGCUGACCCGCGGGUGCGAACGAUCCGCCCGCCAAACACAUCAUAAUAGAUUUACCGUUUAUCCAAUCAGAAUUAGGUCGUUCGAGAGUUGGAAAAAAAUGGCGGCAACUGUUCUUCCCCGCUACUGCUGCAGCUCGUCUCUCAAACCAAUCGACGAUUCAGCUAAACAACUCGAGGAACCAAAGUCAGUCAAGUUCCCCGAGCGUGCAAGGAAUUCCCGGCGUCACCCUUCUAGACCUUCCAUCAAGCCAAACAGCCCCGCUGUCACUCGUUCCCUCUUGGCAUUAGCUGAUUCUGGUUGUUCCAUGGACGCCGCGCUCCAGCUGUUCGAGAAAAUGAACCACUCAGACACCUUCAUUUGGAACGUCAUCAUCAGAGGACUUGCUAGGAAUGGGUUGUUCUCGGAAGCCGUCGAUUUCUACCGUAGGAUGGAGCGGGAAGGGAUUGGAAUGGACUACUUCACCUUCCCGUUUGUGAUCAAAGCGUGUGGAGAGUUGAUGUGGUUAACCGAAGGGCAGCGAGUUCACGCCAGGGUGAUUAAAGUCGGGUUGGAUUCCGACAUCUACGUUUGCAAUUUUCUUGUGGAGAUGUAUUUCUCGGUUGGGUGUCCUGAGUUAGCGGAGAAGGUGUUUGAGGAAAUGCCUCAGAGGGACCUGGUUUCUUGGAACUCUAUGGUUGCUGGGUAUCUGUCGGCUGGAGAUGGGUUCAGCUCGUUGGGUUGGUUUCGAGAAAUGGUUGGUUCGGGGGGAAAACCGGAUAGGUUCGGGGUGAUCAGUGCUCUUGGUGCAUGUUCAAUGGAAAGCUGUUUUAAAUCUGGGAAGGAAAUUCAUUGCCAAGUGAUUAAGAACGGGAUUGAUUUGGAUGUCAUGGUGGGAACAUCUCUUAUAGAUAUGUAUGGUAAAUGCGGUGAAGUUGGCUCUGCAGAGAUGGUGUUCCACCUUAUCCCAUUGAAAAAUGUUGCAGUCUGGAAUGCCCUGAUUAAUGGCUAUGUUGUAAGUGGCAAAUCUGCAGAGUCAUUUGCUUGUUUGAGACUAAUGCAAGAGGAUCAACACAUGGUUCCAGAUGCUAUUUCCUUGAUAAACGUUCUCCCGUCUUGUUCACAACUAGGAUCUCUGAAGGAGUGCAAGUCCAUCCAUGGGUAUGCCUUCAGGAAGCUUCUUCUCCCUCAGGUAGUCUUGGAAACUUCCCUGGUCGAUGCUUAUGGAAAAUGUGCAGCAGUGAGAUCGGCUGAACGUCUUUUCAGUGUAAUCAGUGAGAAGAAUUUGGUAUCAUGGAACACCAUGAUUGCUGCUUAUGUACACAAUGAAAAGCACGAAGAAGCUCUCCAACUGUUUCAGGACAUGUGGUUAAAGCAGAACCACCACCUUAAACCGGAUGCAAUCACUAUUGCUAGCAUCCUUCCUUCCUACGCAGAGCUAGCUAUGGUAAACGAGUGUAAGCAGAUCCAUGCUCUUGCUGCCAAGUUCGGCUCAAACACCGUCAUCUCCAAUGCUCUCAUUCACGCUUAUGCAAAAUGCGGCGACCUUGACACCGCAAGAAGGAUCUUCGAUCGAAUGCCGUGUAAGAAUCUGGUAUCAUGGAACACUAUGAUCUUGGCUUACGGUAUACACGGAUUUGGUGAAACUGCCAUUGCCACGUUUUCCCAAAUGAGGGAAACCGGUAUUGAACCAGAUCAUGGCAGUUUCGUCUCGCUGCUGUACUCUUGCAGCAUCUCUGGCCUCGUUGAACAAGGGUGGGAGUACUUCAACGCGAUGAAAUCCGAGUACAACAUCGACCCUGGAAUCGAGCAUUACGGCUGCAUGAUAGAUCUCCUAGGACGCUCGGGAAAUCUCGACGCAGCCAGGGAGUUCAUCGAGCAGAUGCCCCUGCCACCCACAGCAAGAAUCUGGGGCUCAUUCCUCUCAGCAAGCAGAAACAACAACGACAUAGCAUCCGCCGAACUUGCCGCCAGCAAGAUCUCCUCCCUCGAACACGACAACACGGGCUGCUACGUCUUGCUCUCGAACAUGUACGCAGAAGCCGGGAGGUGGGAAGACGUGAACAGGAUCAAAUCCUUGAUGAAGGAGAAGGGGUUAGCGAAAACGACUGCAAGUUGCAGCGUUGACAUUAGAGGCAAGAGCGAAAGGUUCGUUCACCAUGACGUGUCCCACCGAGAGGCGAACAUGAUCAGUGAAGUACUUGACGUGAUACUGAAGCAAACAGGAGAUCGAAUGAAUAUGAACAUGACCAUGAAGUUCCGACCGGCCGAUUUGAUCAAGAGGAGAAGGGGCUCGCCGGAGGGACACGCAGUCAGGCUGGCGAUCUGCUUAGGCUUGGUGUCGACGGCAGUUGGGAAGCCUGUUGUGGUCAGGCAGAACACGAGAAUCUGCAAGGAUUGCCAUCGGUUGGCGAAGAAGAUCUCCAGGGCUUGUAAUAGGGAGAUUGUGGUGGGAGAUGGCAAAGUUUUCCACCAUUUCAAUGGUGGAGUUUGUUCAUGCGAGGAUUACUGGUAAGGAGUUUCCUUCUAAAGUCGAUUGUUGUUCUUGUUGUGCAUAAUUCUGGUUCACGUGUAUGUUCUCUAUUCUUUUGUGAAAUCUUUUCAAUUACUGUUCGUACAUAACUUAU